AUGGAUAAAGCUCUUAUGGCUAUGUCCUUGGAGGAAGAGGACGAGCCGUUCAAUCUCCCUGAUCUUCCAGAGUUUAGUUCGGUUGAAAGGAACUACCUUAGUCUUAUUGGUAGAAUUCUAAACCCAGACUGUCAAAAGAUGCGAAGUUUGAUCUUGGAUAUGCCAAGGAAAUGGCAGAAGGUUGGUAAAUGUAGAGGUGUUGCUCUAUCAAGGGAUAAGUUCCAAUUUAUCUUCGAUAACGAGUAUGAUUUGCUUGAUGUGUUGGACAAAGGAGUUCAUACUUACAACGAAUGGACCUUGGUGAUUCAAAGAUGGGUUGAGAAUCCUCCUGAAGAUUAUUUGCAAUAUAUUCCUCUUUGGGUUCAGAUUCGUCAACUUCCAGUUAAUUACUACACAGCUGAAGCUAUUUCUUCUCUUGGAGAUUUGGUUGGGAAGGUUGAUGUAGUAGCCUUUGAUCCUAAUAAGGUUCAAGUUCAGAACUUUGUCAGAGUUAAAGUGUUUUUUGAUGUCUCAAGACCUCUUCGUAAAGAAAAGGUGGUUAAUUUACCGAAGGGUGGGUCUGCGACAAUUAUGUUUUCUUAUGAAAGAAUUCAAAAGCGCUGCUAUGAGUGUCAGAGGUUGAACCAUGAAUGUGAGGUUUGCCCUUUAUGGAUUAGGAAAAGACAGUGGCAGGCAGAUGAUAGAAAAGCUUUUGGUUCGUUUAUGAAGCCUAUCAAACCUUUGGUCAUUACCAAUAAUGAUCCCUUAUAUGGCGUUCUUAAAGAGGAACAAGUUGGCAUUAAUCCUGCCACUGGAAGACCUAGAAUAGCUGCAGAUGUGUUGGAAGCGAUGAGGCAAUAUCUUCUAGUGUCGAAUGUUGACGAACGAAGAAUUACAAACAACUUGGAUAAAGGAAAGGGGAGAGUGUUUGAUUAUGAGGAUAUCUGUUCGGAGUCGUCUCCUGUGGUUCUGGAGAACGUUGUUCAUUCUCUUAAAUUGAUGGAAUCUGCAAUCAGAGCAGGCUCAGCAGAUGAUAGUAGAAUGUUUAUGGAAUCAAGGAAAUCUGGUAGUGCUUUUGACAGAAUUGAAGAUCAAUUCAACCUGUACCAGUGUAGUUCGUCGGUUAAAAGAGACAGCUUGUCUAUAGCUCACUCUUCCGGAACUAUAACUGGUAAUUGUGGUUCUUCUAGGAGAAGGCCGACCAGAAACAAAAGGAUCCUAAUUGCGAAGAAGGCAGGAAAGCCUAGUGGUAAUGCAGAGAAAAAGCAAGGUUUGGAUUUUGGAGUUAUGGUUAAAAGGAAAUCGGAAGAACUUGUUUUUGGUCCAUCUAAAGUCGCAAAGCGCACUUCAAAUGAGGUGACCCCGAAUGAGGGAUCGCCUGAAUCCUGA